GUGGUACAUUCCGGUAUCCCGGCUGUGGGACUUGCAGGCGGAGUGUUCCAUUGAAAGGAGAAGGGUGCUCGGGCCUAAGCCUGGUUUGCUGAGCUUUGCUGGAUCUGAGCCUUUCUUUUCACGUUGUGCCAAGCAAGAACAAGAGGUGGUAAGGCGGAGGAUGAGGCCGUAGGAACCUUGAAGACUGGGGGAGGAAGAAAGACGACCUGCACGUAGAGACAUGGACAGUCAGUGCACUGUUCAGGUGAAGCUGGAGCUGGGACACCGCGCUCAACUGAGGAAGAAGCCCACCACUGAGGGAUUCACACAUGACUGGAUGGUGUUUGUUCGUGGCCCUGAGCAAUGUGACAUACAACAUUUUGUAGAGAAGGUUGUGUUUAGGCUGCAUGACAGCUUCCCCAGGCCUAAACGAAUAUGUAAGGAACCGCCAUAUAAAGUGGAAGAAUCUGGAUAUGCUGGCUUUAUUUUACCUAUUGAAGUGUAUUUUAAAAACAAGGAAGAACCAAAAAAAGUAUGUUUUACAUAUGAUUUGUUUCUGAAUCUUGAGGGAAAUCCACCAGUAAAUCAUUUACGCUGUGAGAAAUUGACUUUCAACAAUCCUACCAAGGAGUUUCUCAGGAAGUUGGUGAAAGCUGGAGGGGAGUUUAAUUUUCAGGUAAUGGUCAUGCCAGAAGGAGCAGAGACUUUAUCAAGACCAAGCCCUGACUAUCCCAUGUUGCCAACAAUCCCCCUCUCUGCAUUUUCAGACCCAAAGAAGGCCAAACCAUCAUCAUAUGGAUCAAAGGAUGGCAAUAAAGAAAGUAGCAAAACAUCAAAACCCCACAAAGUUACAAAAGAGCACAGGGAGCGAAUGAGGAAAGACUCAGAAAGCAAAAGUAAAGAAAGUGAUAUUGGCAAACAAGUUAAGGAGUCCUCUUCUUCCAGAAAACCAGCAGAGAACAAACCUCUCAAGGAAGAGAAAGCACCUAUUAAAGUAGCCUUUAAGGAACAAAAAUUAGCGUUAAAAGAUCCUAAGACAGAAUAUAUGUCUCCGAAAGGUGGUCCUUCGGAGCACAAACCUUCAAGCAAAAGACCACCAAAUAUAGACUCUCCUAAAUCCAGUAGCAAGAAGCUGAAAAAAGGCAACUCCAAAGGACUUGCAGCUUCUGGAACUUCCCCUCGGGGUCCUCCUAACCCAAGUAACACUGUCGCCACCAACUCGUCCUUUACAGAAAAGAAAAUGGUUAAGGAGAAACCAGGGAACAAAACUGAUAGGAGCAAACCAGAUACUGAUGUGAAGAAGUCAGUAGAAGAUGACGAUUCUAACUCUGAUGAGCGGUCAUCAAAAUCAGAGUCUGUUCCAUCAAGUCCAUCAAACAGCAGCUCAAGUUCAGACUCCAGCUCAGAGUCAGACUUUGAACCUUCACAAAACCACACCCAAGGUCCUUUAAGGUCUAUGGUGGAAGGCCUUCAGUCAGAAGAGUCAGAUGAUGACAGUUCAGGUGGCGAUGAGGCAGCUGUCAAGAAUAAGACCGCAGGUUGUGAUUCUCGGGUGAGUCUGAGUGACAGCGAUAGUGACAGUAGUGACGACUCGUGUGCUCCCAGCCGUGGUGGUACCCCUAUACAGAAGCUGCCUCCAUCGAACAGCAAGACCACUGGCCGUAGAAGUCCUGAGACUUGCAGCAAGUCUGACAAAAUGUUGAAGAAAGGCGUUUAUGAUAAGGCAUACACAGAUGAACUAGUUGAACUGCACAGAAGACUGAUGGCUCUUCGAGAGAGAAACGUCCUACAACAGAUUGUCAACCUCAUAGAAGAGACCGGCCACUUCAAUGUCACAAACACGACUUUUGACUUUGACCUCUUCUCACUGGAUGAGACAACAGUCCGUAAGCUGCAGAGUUAUCUGGAAGCUGGAGCCACAUGACCCGCCAAGUUAUUACUGAAGAAAGGAGAGAGAAGUGCAUUGUGGGGCAGUUAUCUCUAAACACACUCCUUCCUUGAACUUUGAACAUGGCCACUGUAAGGCACCUUUGGCACUGGCCAAAUGCUCUUAGCAAAAUAUCUUUUUAACCCAGGUUGUUCCUAUAAGGAAUUUAUUGCUCCUGAUUUUAAUACACUGAGUGAAUCCAGUAUUUUAACAUCUUUUGGGUGUGCAACAAGUGUGUUUCUCUCAAAAUACAGAUAUGAACGACACUGUAUGGUUGCAGCUUUGAACAACACAAAGGUAGCACUGGCAUCUGAAUAGACAGUAAUUUAUAUUUUAACACAUACAUACUCUGUUUCUAGGCAUAUUCAACUUUAUUUACAGCUGUAUCCAUCAAACCUUGUCUGUAUUUUGAGUGUGUUAAACCAUUUGUGCUAAACCAUUAGGAGCUCCUGCAAAAGAUGUGGAAUCAUCUAGAAGUCCAUGUUGUGAAUAAUCUAUGGAGGAGCUCCCCUUUCUUUCUCUUUCCUAUCGACAUUUUGUGUUUUUAGUUCCAUAAAAAUAAUGGGGGAAUGAAUACUGUAUUUAUGAUGUGUGUUGAGAGACUGAGCACUGGCCUCAGAAACUUUACGGAACGUUGAAUCUGUAAGCUGUAUAUUUUAUAUAUAUAUUAUAUAUAUGUAUGUAUUUUAUGUUAAGGGUGGAAUGAGGAUUUUUUUUUUUUUUAUUGUUUCCUACUUUUGAAUCAUCUUUUCUUUUAAUGAUUUGUAUUUUUUGAGCAUGGAAUGGAAAAUUUACCAGUUACAAAUAUACAGAGGGCGUAAACAUCAUUACAUCUGGGAUAUUGGAAUGGCUUGUCAGAGAACCUAAGUUUUGUGAAUGUCAUGCACAGGUACAAGUGUCUUCGGUAGGACGAUGAGUAUUUAUAUAGGACACUGCUGACCACCGGACAGCUUCAAUAUAAGGCUUAUGUGUGUGCAGGCUGGAAAAAAAAUAUAACCCGUAAGAAUCAUGGACAUCCAACCCUAGCUACUUAGGAAAUGCAGGAUGUCUGUCAACAAAUCUACUUGAGGUAAAAUGCAACAUCUAAUAAUAACUGGAGGUCUCUAGUAAUUUAUGUUCUACAGAAUGACCCUGAUCUGUACUAAUCACUACAAAGAUUUUUUUUUCAUAAUUUUCUUUUUAUUAUUUUUUUAUAUAUAUAUAUAUUUUUAUUGCCAAAGUCCUUUUCCACAAGCUACCCAUUCUGGACCAGCAUUGGCUCUUCUUAGGACCAAACUUAACAUUUGAUGUGCAUGAAGUGGUUAAACCCACUUUUUGAAUACUUUGUAUUGUAUUAUCUGCACUGCCACAUCAUUGAUAAAGAUGCCGGACUAGUACUAGCUUUCACUCUUCCAUGUUUUCGUUUUUUUUUAAUUCUGAAAUAAGUAACACUACAGCAGAUCUUGUUUUUUCCAUUGUUCUAGAAUAGUCUCCACUGGGAGCUCAGUACUGCAUUUACAUUCUUUGUAUGUCCAUUAUAUUUGUUAGAACAGAUGUUUAGAGUUUGGGGUCUUCCACACAGUAUUUGAUUCCCUCCAUUUCAUAUCAGUAUUUGUUCUUGCAAAUUAAUUUCAUAUCUCCAUUGGCAACAUGGAAUAAAAUGUAUAUUAUCUUUGGAAAAGGCGAUUUCAAUAGCCUUAAAGGUAUUAAAUGCCAUUAAAUAAGGAGAAGGGGAGGUAAAGCAUUAAUGGGACAGCUUUGUGUCAACCACAUUGAUAUCAGACUUCUCAUGUCACAGUUUCCAGUUUGAGAUUGGGUGACAUGAGUCUCUCGCAAGAUAUUUUUUAGCUAAUUUUGCAUUUUAAUGGUUCACGAGUUAUGGACACAUUUAAAAGUAAACUAUGAGCUCAACUAUCAGACUGUUUGUCUGCAAAGUAUUUAUUAAUGUAUCAAGCAAAGUGAAUGGGUUUAAACCAAGCUCAGUGGUUGUAAACUGUAUUGCUAAUGAUGCAUAAAUAAUUUGGUCUUGUAUUAUUUUUAUUUUAAUAUUGGAAAUCUUUCAAGAGUUUUUAUAGGAAAAAAUAAAGAUGGAGAAAAUCUGU